AUGAUACCCCUCGGAAACAGAAACAGUGGAUUUGCCGUUUUGGCAAUGGUCGUCUGGAUUGCCACAUCACAACAAUUUGUGAAUGGGUUCCACCUGAGAAGACCGUGCCAUUCACAGCUUGUCGGUGAGAGUGCCAAUGAGCCAACCAGUACUGAUGCUACCACGACGACCAACUACAACUGGACCCGACAAAAUCUAAGAAUUGCCAUUCCCGCCUUGAUUGGCAUGUUGGCGGACCCACUAUUGAGUCUCAUGGACACGGCUUACGUGGGUCAUUUGGGGACAACGGAAUUGGCAGCAUUGGGGGCCUGCACUUCUAUUUUUCAUUUGGCAUUCAAUGCCUUUCGAGCCACCACACAGGCCACCACAUCGCUGGUUGCAACCAGUCUGCAGAAAGAUCCCAAACAAGCGCAACAAGUUACAUCGAUAUCGCUCAAGUUGGGCUUUGUCAUGGGACUCUGUGUCAUGGCGUUUCUCCAACUGGGAGGAACCUGGUGCCUCGGAACCAUGGGGGUUCCAGUCCAAUCCAAACUCUAUGCUCCCGCGAAAGCCUACCUCUCGACGCGAGCAUGGGCGGCUCCGAUUGUGUUGGGGAUCGUAGUGUCUGAAGGGGCCUUUCGAGGAUACGGGGACACCAAGAUCCCACUCCUCGCCAGUCUGGCAGCCUCCCUCAUCAACUUGGUACUCGAUCCAAUCCUCAUGUUCCCACUGGGUUUGGGGGUCAUGGGUGCGGCUGCCGCAACGGCAUUGUCACAACUUGGUGCUGGCGCCGUGUAUGCCUUCUUUUUGAACAAGAGACACAUGUUGGGAGGGAGUCCUAAUACUGCCACAGGAGAUGCUGCAACGGACACAGAUAUAAUGACUGCCACCACGCCCGGGACUACCAGCGAUGAAAGUAUCCAAGCCAUUGAAAUCAUGGAAGAUCCGCCGACUUUGAGCGAUGACGAUGACAAACAACGCGACGACAAUAAGCACGGUGGCGUCCAGCAGGGCAAGGUGAUUCGGGCGAUUCUGAGUGCCAAUUUGGCCAUGAUGACCAAACAGGGCAGCUUAUUGUUGGCAUGGGCCUAUGCGACCUCACGAGCGACGCGAAUUGGUGCCAAUCAUGUGGCCGCACAUCAGGUGGCCCUCAGUUGCUGGCUUGUCUUGGCUCUCAUGUUGGAUGGUGCCGGUGUCAGUGCGCAAGUCUUGAUGAGCCGGGCGUGUGCACAAAAGAAUGUUACAAAGCGAAAAAAGGAAGUCAAGAGUCUGAUAUCGUACUUUACGCGAUUUGCCACACUACAAGGUGCCACUGCCUGUUUCGUAUGGUUGACAUUCCUGGGACGGUAUGUUGUCCCCCAUGUCUUUACGUCCGAUGGAGCUAUUCGAGCCCAUCUCAUUUCGCUAAUGCCAACGUUGGCAUGGCAACUCAUCUUGGUUAGUUUGACCUUGGUGGUGGAAGCGAUGGCUGUGGGAGGACAUCAGUUCCAAAUCAUGGCAUUUGGCACAACAAUUUCCACCAUUCUGGCCAUGAGUCAGCUACAACAUGCAACCAAUAUCGUGUCUAUUUGGUCUAGGGGUAUCAAUACACUCUUCUAUGGACGAUUGGCAACUGCCAUCAUUGCGACAUUCCGGGUGUUUCAACUGGCAUCCAAGCCUCAAAAGGGUGACGACGACUACAAAGAAUCAUAG